AUGGAUUUUAAUAUUGACAGCUUGCCGUUAGCAAAAAGCUCUAAACAACAAUUUUGGCCAAUACUCUGUUUAAUUUUAAAUUUACCAAAAAUAUCAGAUGCUGUCUUCCCUGUUGGUAUAUACUAUGACACACAUUGUAAACCAUCUUCUAUUGAAGAAUUUAUGAACCCUUUCAUCACCGAAUUAUUAAAUAUAUUAAAUUCAGGAAUAACUGUAUCUAAUAAUAAAGUUUAUAAAAUAAAAAUAAAUCAAAUCAUAUGUGACGCGCCCGCGAAGGCCUUUUUAUUGAAUGUGAAAGGCCACAACUCUCGUUUUGGAUGCAAUACAUGUCGUGAAGAAGGUAGCGAUUUAGAAAAUAGAAUGGCUUUUACAGGUGUUCAUGCCCCUUUAAGAACUGAUACCAGUUUGAGAAUAAAAUCUGAUGAUGAAUAUCAUAAAGGCGUUAGUCCUCUUGAACGUUUGCCAAUCAAUAUUAUUCAGACAGUAUGCUUAGAUUAUAUGCAUGUGGCCUGUUCAGGUGUUAUGAAAAGGCUUUUAAAGUUUUGGGUACUAGGAUCACAACAAGUUAGAAUGCUUAAAACAAACUUAGAGCUUUGCAACACAGAAUUAAUUAAAUUAAGAGAAUAUUUUCCUUCUGAAUUUUCUAGACUGCCUAGAUCUUUAAAUGAUAUACUUUUCUUUAAGGCUACUGAAUUCAGAAUGUUUUUAUUAUAUACUGGACCAAUUAUAUUGAAAGGAAGGAUAAAAAAAAUUUAUACCUACAUUUUAUGA